AUGAUCUGCAGAAGUUGCCGCACGACGAUGCUCUCCCGGUUCACCCAGCCCAUAACGCGAACGGCCUCAGCAUCCGCGCGUCAGCUUCCCUUGGCUCGCAGUCAAUUCCGGUCAUACAGCAGUGACAACAAUGCUUCCGUAGCUGCUGCUCCUUCACCCCCUGCUCCCCGCCAACCCACGAUCGGCGACAUUUCAACCCCGUCUGCUAUCUCCUCCGCUACCCCGGGCGUUUCUCAACCUUUGAGUACCCCCGAAGGCGUCCACGUCGAUGUCAAUCCCGCAGAAUCUAAAAAACCCACCGCCGUGCGUGAACCAAGCAGCUGCCCCGCGGGCACCAAAUUGAACGGACUCAACUACUUCAAGAACAAGCCGGAAGUCUUCGCCAAGGAGGACUCCGAGUACCCCGAAUGGCUGUGGGGUCUCUUGGGUGAUUCAUCCAAGGAUUCUAAAACAAAGACGGGUGGUGUUGACCCGAGCACCUUGAACAAGAAGCAAAGGAAGCGCUACGAGAAGAAGCUGGCCGCCCGCACUGGCCCCUUGGCUGCUAAGAUCCCUGCUCACCACCACUCGCACGAUAUCACCCCCGCAUCCUACAACCGCGACGGAACCCCCGCGGACGCCAUGGCCGAUGCCACUGGCGGCUUCGAGCAGCGCUCGGAGGUCAUCAAGAGUGCGCGCGAUGCCAGACGGAAGACCAUCAAGGAAUCCAACUUCCUGCGUGGUCUCUAA